CGCCGCGACUGCGCGCACCUUCGCUCGCCUCGAGUUCCUCCGCUAAUUUUACGGCGGUGCAAUGACCGACGAAAAUGGCGUCCCAGAAAAUUCCGAGGACGAAUCGGCUGCCUAUGCGGAGAACGGAUCGCUUCCAGUCGGAACUUCCGAGUUGGAACAGGAAAUCAAAGAGCUAGAACGGCUGCUGCGGAUCGAACGCGAGGAACGGCGCAGGAUUCAGACCGAAGCACAGGAUGAGAUGGAACGGGAGCUGCACUCGAUGGAGGAGCGGUGGAUGGAGCGGACACGCAACACGAUUAAAGAGCGCGAUUCGCUUUUGCAAAAACUGCAGCAGCUCGAAGAACAAGUGGACUCGCUGCGAGCGGACCUCAACAGAGCAGUGGCCUACCGACUCGAGGUCGAGGAGUCGCGGAAUCGCAUGAAGAGCCAGCUGGAGAGCGUGCAGCGCGACUACGAAGAGACGAUGGCCGAGCGCAGCAGCGUGCUCGAGGAGAACAGCCGCAUGAGCGAGGAGCGCGACCGCCUGAGACAGACUGUGCACGCGCUCUCGCGAACGCUCAACGAACUGCGCGGUCGAGGGCACAAUGACGACGAGUUGCAGAACAUCUCAAACCGGCUUGAACACACGAGGCGGUUGCUACAGUUAAACAUCGAGGAAACCGCUUCAGCAAACGAAAAACGAACGGAAGCUCUGGAAAAGUUGGAAAAAUUGCGAAUGGAAUGUUCAAGGCUAGCCGAAGAGCGAGAUGCUGCUGUUCGAGAAGCUCGAGCUGCGGAUGCCGAACGCGAAGACGCUCUGCACCGGCUGAGAGAGCUCGAGUGCGAAAAGGAGCCGAUCACUGAUCUCUGGAACACGCACACUAUCGAGGUGGCGCUGCCGUAUCCAAAACCAAAUCUGGGAAUCGUGCUCAGUGGAGGGAGGACUGAAGACAGAAGUGCAAUCCCUGCACCAAUCUACGUGAAGGAUGUGCUGAUCGGCUCACCACUCGAGAAUAUGCUGAAGAGACUUGAUCAUAUUCUUAUGGUCAACGACAUUGAUGUAAUGGACAUGGAUCAGCGCAGUGUGAUCGACAUCUUGAAAAACAGUCACCACCUCAAAAUGUUAAUACGACGACGAGCGAAUGCUGCUAGCAUUCAUGAGAUCACCUUCACUUCCAAUCAAGACAUUGGAAUAGAGUUAGGAAAUGGUGUUUUUGUGAACUCUGUGGAUGCUGGAGGUGUUGCCAGCCGAGUUGGAGUGGAGCCAGGUCAUCGUAUCGUACACGUAAAUAAUGUGCCGGUUUAUGAUGCAAAACACGCCGAACAGCUCAUCAGAUAUGGGAGCGGCCCUGUUGUGGUAGGUCUUCUCGACGGCAAAAAGCGGCCCGAUCCCUACUCCAAGGAUCAGUCAUCCAAACAGAAAGUGACAUUGUUUUCCAAGAUUUUCGGUCGCCAGUCGGGCGAUAAGCCAAGAGUCGUUGCAAAGGCAAAUAUCGGCAAUGCCUCCGGUGAGCAAGUGUUUUUUCGGCAAGGAUCACUAAGGAUACCUAAUCCACAGCAUGUCUCACCGGAACUGGUUAGAUAUGGAUCGCUCAGGGCACCGCAAGGAAGCGCCGAACAUGCAAAAAUUGUUGAGCAACUGGAUCACUUCCUCAAUAAAAAUCAUGGAUUGCGAUCCUCUGUAAUUUGUGAGGCCACGGGUAGCACUUGGCCGAAGUCUGUACCCCUCCUCGAGGAUCAGCCCAUCCCUGUGCGACGACGACUUCAUCGCCCAUCCGUAUUUCCAGUGUUUGCAUCGUCACAGAAUCACCAUGGAAACUCCAGCAGACUCGCAAGACAACCGUCCGAAAUGUCGUCGACCCGCUGCGGCUGUUCAUCGCCUUCGUCAGCGUGGUCACCUCGUUCUAAUCGCGAUUCUUACCCAUCUGAAGGACGACUCCCAGAUGGAAGGCCUAUAAAAUCUCCCGCUCCUACUGCCAGCUCUUUCACUCAUGCACAUCGAGUAUCUGCCUAUAGCCCUGCUCUUCCACAACCGCCGCCAUACCCUGGGCCUCGAGAAGAAUCAAUCUCUUCACUAAUAUCUUCAACGAAUUCGAUUCCACAUCCGAGCACAAGUUCAGUCCACCUCGCCUACCACAACCACGCAAAUAAUUCUCCCUCAGGUACUCUGCUUUCGGAGAGUUCCGACAAAGUUCGUCGGGUAUGCUUGAGCAAGGAAGGUAACGAGUUUGGCAUUGCUCUAGAGAACUCGGACAGAGGCGUGGUCAUUUCGAAUGUUCCUGGCAGAGCAAAUGGCCUGGUCCGAAGAGGAGAUAGGCUUCUUGACGUUGGUGGGAUCAAUAUGAGAUCAGCAGAUAAAGAAGCUGCUCACAAAGUCCUGAAUCAAUUUGGUGUUAGUCAGGAUGAGGUAACUCUUCUUGUCAGCGGCUCAGUGAAUCCACGUUGGGUGACGGUUCCAAGAAAAUGUGUCCGGCUGUGCGGUGGCAAUGCCAUGGGCAUUUUAUCCGACGCUGCAGCUGGAGAACUUCAGGAAGGAGAUUUGAUAUUAGAAAUUGACGGAUAUAACGUUCGUGGUGCAACUCUCGAAGAGGCAACCGAAGCACUUCUCGAAAGUCUGUCCGAAAUGGCCGAGUUGCACGUCGAAGAUGGCGGAGAUCGCUUGAAUCGUUUGCGACUAGGUGCGGAUGGUGACUCUUUCUAUGUCAGAAUAAAUGUUGAUCGAGGAAGUGAGAAUAAGGACGAGCUUGACAUCAAAGCGGGAGAAAUUGUUUUUGUGGAUAAUACGAUGUUCAUGGGACAACGAGGGAAGUGGCGAGCAUGGAAAGUGGAUAGGGAAGGUCGACAGAGGGAAAAUGGAAUUAUCCCAUCGGCAACUCAGAUGGAGAGGACUGACGUGCGAGGGAAAAAGUCCAAGAACCGCCUGACUCUCACACGACCGAUCUAUGAGCGUGUAGAGCGAGUUUCAUCUUCAAGACGACGGCCAGUUGUCUUAUUUGGUCCACUUCUUACCCCAAUCAUUCAAACCCUCUUGGAUGACUCCAGCAGGUUCUCCCACUGUGUGCCGGAAUGUCGUGCAUUGCAAUCUAUGGAAGUGGAACGUCUCCUUGCCACCUGUGAGCUGAUUGAAGCUAGAAGGAGAGAGACUUUGUAUGAUGUAAUUACUGCGCCAGCUAUUCAUCAUUUUGCAGAGCUUGGUGUACAUUGUAUCGUGGAUGUAUCCCCGAAUGGAAUCCAACGUCUUCAUUCUCUUCGCAUUUACCCUAUAGUGAUUCGUGUAAAGUUCAAGUCUGCCAAGCAGAUCAAGGAUGUCAAGGAAGACUUUUGUGGCGAAAAGAUCACAACUAAGCAGGCCAAGGAUCUUAUGGAUAAGUUCCAGAACUCGGCUGUAGAAAAAGAGCUCGAAGCUAUGAAUUGCACUGCUUCUGUGGUUAUGGUGUCAUCACAAGGACCCGCUAGAGGAGUGGUGAAGCACGUAUGUCAGCAGAUUGUGGCAUUGAUAGAACAUGAACAAAAGAAAACCAUAUGGAUGACGACUCCGCAAUGAAACUGAAGAUGAUUAAACGAAAGAGUUUCCUGACUUAUUGUCUGAUGUAUUUGUGCUUAGCAGUUUGGUUUUCAAAACUCAUUGAUCUUUUGCAUUUCCAAGACCACUUGUACAACUUGCCUUAUACCAAUGUUGCGGUUGAUUGGACUCCCACAUAAGUGCCUUUUGCAUAAGUUUUCAAACGAAAUCAUCUUUUUUUUGUACACAAAGUUCUGAUACCCUUCACUGUAACUUCCUGUACUACCUGAUUCGCUUCUCGAUUCACUUUUCUGCAACAAAAUUUUUUCUCGAUUGCAGGAUUCAAGCUCUGCUCUGGCUCCAUUCAGCUGGAAAUCGCCUGAAAAUUCUUUCAUAUCUGUGAUUUGCAAAUAUCCCGGUUAUGGUCGUUGAUGACAUGUUCACACUAACAUCACAACAAUUUGUUUGUCACUUUACUGUGUUACCAAAGAUUUUAUAACAUUAAUAUGUAUUAUGUACGUUAAUUGAGUAGCAGCACAAAUAUUGCUAAUUAUGCGAAAAUGUAAUAAACGUAAAUUUUGA